AUAGAGUAAUAGAAAAUAUUUUAAUUCGUUCCUCGAUCAUACGAAUCAUAAACGCAUUUUGCAAUAUUAUUAUGUUUUAAAAAGAAAGCUUUUUUAAUAAAUAAAUACAGGCCAAAUCUGUAACACAAGUAGAAGGAAAAUGUGUUUCUUUUAUGUUUAUUCUAUUUUCCAAUAAAAUGUACUUUAAUGAGAUCAUAGCAUAUGCAUCUCUUCAAUUUUGAACUAUAAGCAUGAGAAUGUAUGUGAUUAAUGUAAACAAAAAAUUGCAUGUACAUGGAUGAAGACUCUGAACAAUUGUUAGAUUAUUUACGUAAGAAAAGCAGGACUUUGCUAGCUUUUACAGAAACUAAUUCUAAGAAGAUCAAUAACGAGAUUGAAAGAUUGCAUUGCAAGAGUUCGUUAGUACAGUUCCAGAAGGAAUUAACUGUUGAAAGCAGUCUAACUCUUUGAAAUAAUAAGCCAUACCUACAGUUUUUAUUUACAGCUUUUAUUUACAGAAAAUUAAGAAGACAGAAUUCUCAUUUAAGAGAUCGUAAAGAAAUAUGGAACUUGAGGAAUAAUUCAAGUGCCAUUAACAAUCUUUUGUGUCCAGAGUAUCAUUCUGAAACUAAAAAUCUAACAUGUUUGUCGGUUCCUAACAUGCGUCCAUUAGAAAGAAUUGUCAUACCAUCCAAAAAUUUAUCUCAUUCGCAUUGCUCAUGCAUAGUAAGUAGGAAACCAGUGAAAGAAUGUUAUUGCAAUGUUGAGAUCAAAAAGAUACAAACUCGUUCUCCAAGAACCAUACAUAAACCUAUUCCAUCUUGUAAUUAUUGUAAAAAUAAUAUUUGUCAUGUACCAUUGACGACAAAUGAAAAUAAUAUAGGAGAUACACUAUCGCCUCCAAUUAGUUGUGAAACUAUUAGAAGAGUACAAAAAAUCAAUUACUAUCCUCAGUCACAAUUUCUUCGUAAUGUUCAAAAGAAAGUUUCUGUACUUAAGAAUGUACCUUCCGGUGAUUGUCCUGACAGCUGUCCAAGAUCAUCGUAUUAUCACAAAUUGAGGACUGAUAAGACUUCGAUGGUAAUGGAUACGGAUACUCGAACAAAAAUUAUUACAGAAAAAAUAAGCAAGCGUAGUUGCAUUGACCAUGAGAAAUUGAAUUCUACUCAGAGAGUACCAAGUUCUUUGAUGGAUGAAGAAGAAGAAGAAGAAGAAAAAGAGGAAGAAGAAGAAGAAGAAGAGGAAGAAGAAGAAGAAGAAGAAACUGAAAAAAAAAUAAUAGAAAAAGUAAGUAAGGGCAUUCAAGUACCUUCGAGGAAACAAUCUAAAACCAAGUUUCAAGUAAAAAGAACUAUAUCUUCAAAAAAAUGUAUAUCGGAAGGAUAUAAAAGUAAACCUGUUUCGAGAUCACCUUCUAUCAGUAAAAAGACUAUAAGAUCAUCUUCUAUUGUGGAUUGUCAGUGUUACGACAAAAGUAAAGCGGACAAAUAUACCAAAGAUUUGGAAAGGAAAGAAUCAGAAACAUAUCGUGUUCAUUCAGAAGAUUAUGAAGAAGUAGAUCAAAAAUCAAAAAAAUGGUCAUCGCAUGAAAAAGAGGAUCAAAGAAAAGGUUUAACAUCUUCGAAUAACAAAGUUAACGAAUUAAGAAAAUUUCGUGAACAAAAUUAUUUCGACACUCAUGGAUCAAGUCAAACUCUUUUGUCAUCGGAAUCUUCAAGAUCGUUACAGCAAUAUACUUUGAAUGAGCGACUUUUCGCUGAACCUUUUAAAAGAAUUCACAAAAAGGAUUUAGUUGUAACGAUGCCACCUUGUGCAACAAUACAAAAGAAACGCAUUCAUUAUUUUCCUAGAUAUAUAGUAAGACAAGAGAAAAAUAAUUGCAAUGCGAAUUACAAGAAAAAACGUUGUCAAAAUUGUCCAUUGACUGGACACGCCAUAGAUCUUGGGAUUUCUAAACCUCGUCCGGUAUUGAAUAGCUUGGCAUUAAAAUAUCAAAAGAGACUUCCUUAAUGAAGUAUUUUUAUAAUUUAAAAGAAUUUUUUUCUAUUAAUUGAA